AUGGCGCAAACCACCCUGUAUCUGCUGAAGAAUCUGGCGACCGACGUGGCGACGCCGAUUCCAUCGAAUACGACGAGCGCGCUCGGGCGGCACGGCGCCGCCGUGCUGCCCCUGCACAUCGUCAACGCCCAGGUCUCUCGCCACCAGGCCGAUCUCGUGCACGCGCACGGUUCGCUUCUGCUCACGUCGCGCGGCAAGCACGCGACGGCCGUCGUGCGCGGCGGCGUCGUGAUCCGCGUCGACGAGCGCGCGCGCGACGUCCGCGCCGGCGACGCGAUCGUCCUCUGCGCGGCGCGGCUCCUGGCGGCGCCGGCGGGCCCCGUCGCCUUCGAGGACGGCGACGCGGCGUUCGCCGUCGUGGUCGACGACGGCCGCGCGGCGCGGCGGCGCCGCGAGCCCGCGGACGGCGCGGGCAAGGGCGAGCGGCUCCUCGUCUACUUCUGCGCGGGCCGCGCGUGCCUCGACCACGACGCGCUGCGGUGCCUCGCGCCGCACGAGCUGCGGGGCGUGACCUGUGCGAGCGCGCGCGUCCGCGACCGCCUCGCCCGCGUCGACUACGUGUCGGCCAAGGGCUGCGUCGGGGAAGGGAGACAGCCGCACGCGCCGUUCCCGCACUUUCCGGGCCUCUUCCGCGACUCGGGGCCCGGCGGCCGCGGUGGCCUCUUCCGGCACCAGCUCGCGUCGCUCGCGGCCAUGCGGCGCCUCGAGACGCGGCCCGGCGGCUUCGGGACGUUGCGCGGCGGCGUCCUCGGCGACGCGCCGGGCCUCGGCAAGACCGUGACGGUGCUCGCGCUCGCGCUCGCGUCCGCGGGCGAGCUGCCGCAGCCGCCGACGGCGUUCUGGGACGGGGAAGCCGUCGACGCGGCCUUCAAGGCCCUCCGCCAUCUCGAGAUGGAGCUCCGGCGCGAGAUCUUGACGGGCCUGCGGCCGCUCCUCGCGCACCGCGACAGCUUCGCGCGCGGGUCGACGGCCUGGGCCCAGGCCGACGCCCUCCUGCGCGGCGCGACGCCGCCCUUCGACUUCGCGUCGCCGCGCGCGCUCGAGGCGCACCUCCGCGGCGGCGCGGGCAAGCUCGCGCACCUCACGCCCGCGGAGCGCGACGAGGUCCGCCUCGAGUUCGCCUACGGCAUGGCCCUCGUGCGCUGCCGCUUAGACAGCAAAAGGCGGUCCGCGCUCUACGGCGCCGCGGGCAAGCGCGCGCUGGCGGAGCGCACCCUCCGGCCGACGGGCGGGACGCUCGUCGUCGUGCCCGACGCGCUCCUGGAGCACUGGAAGCACCAGAUCGCCGUCCACGUCGACCUGAAGCAGGUGGCGCCGAGCUUCGGCGACGGGAAAAGCGGCGACGGCUGCUGCUACGUCCACGGCUUCGGCGACGCCGCGACCUGGCGCGGCGGCGCCGCGGGCGGCGCGGCGCCGCUCCGCGUCGGCGGCCGCGUGCCGCGGGCCGACGUGCUCCGGAAAUACCUCAUCGUCGUCGUACCCUUCUCCGCGUGCCGCCUCGAGGCGCGGCUCGACGCGGAAGAACGCGCCGCCAAGGAUCGGAACGUCUUCCGCCACGGCCCGUCGAGCGACGCGACGGCGUCGCCGCUCCUCGCGCUGCGCUGGCUCCGCCUCGUCGUCGACGAGGGCCACGAGCUCGCGGGCGGCCCCGAGGGCGAAAAGAAGUCCAAAACGCGCCCGGCGCAGCGGUCCGACAUGGGGCCCGAGGCGUCCGCGUUCGUCGCGGAGAUCUUCGCGGAGCGGCGCUGGGUCGUGUCCGGCACGCCGACGACGGGCGACAUCGACGACCCGGCGGCGACGACGAAGCACCUGGACCAGCUCCAGAAGCUCAUGAAGUGGCUCCGGCACCCGGACUACGGCCUCGACGUCGACCCGCGCCUCGACGGCGCCGCGGCCGCGGCCGCGAGCGCGACGGCGAAGAAAAAGCGCUGGGCCGCCGUCGCCGAGCCCUUCGCGAAGGCGGCCGCGGGCCUCGGCGACGGCGCCGCGGGCGAGGCCGCGCGCGCGGCCGUCGUCGACCUGCUCCGGACCGUCGUCGUCCGCCACCGGAAGGAGGACCUCGAGCUGCCGAAGCCCGUCAUCGAGAACGUCGAGAUCGAGGUCGAGCCCGUCGCCGGCGAAAGCGACGCGGACUUCCAGUGGCGCGUCGACUGCGCCAUGGCGGACCACGUCGCGGAGACGCUGCGGCGGGGGCGCGACGCGGGGAACAAUCCGAAGAUGGCCGUCUUCUCGCAGCACGAGGGCGACCUCCAGAGCGUCGCCGAGGCGCUCUACGACCGGCUCGGCGCGUCGUCCAUCGCCGAGUUCGACGUGCGGCGCCUCGGCCACGCGACGUCGACGCGGGAGUUGGUCCGCUUCCGCUACGACGAGGCGCGCACGCGGACCUGCCCCGUCUGCGGGAGCGAGGAGGACGCGGACGCGAAGCUCUGCGGCCGCGCGCUCAUGGAGGUCGAGAUCCUCGACGACGCCGUCGCGGACGCGCGGACCGCUGCGUUCUACGCCGAUCCUGACGGCGGCGAGCCGAGCGCGGCCGCGCGCGUCUGCGGCAAGCGCGUGCUCGUCGAGCCCGAGCGCAUCCUGCACGUCGACGCGGCGGCGGCGCCGGGCGCGCCCGCCGACGGCGCGGCCUACGCGGCCAAUUUCAGGAACUGGCGCGUCGGCGACGAGGUCACGGUGACCUUCGCGGAGCGACCGCCCUUCGCGCGGCGGCGGGACGACGCGACCUGGCGACGCUGGGGCAAGGACGACUGCGUCCGGCGCGCCGUCGACCACGGCUUCGACGGCGGCGACUGGUACCUCGGGCCGUUGUGGGACGACGCGGGGCCGCCGCGCCACGGCCCCGUGCGAUGUCGGCUGCUCAAGUGGGCGCGCUGCGGCAACUGGCACGGGCGCUGGUUUAGCGGGCCCAAGCUCGACAGAGCGCCCGUGGUCGUGCGCGCGGAGAAGGUGCCCGUGCUCUGCCUCACGCGCGAGGCGAGCCACGGCCUGGACCUGAGCUUCCUCACGCACAUCUUCCUCCUCGAGCCCAUCCGGGACAGCGCCCUGCUGGAGCAGGUCAUCUCGCGCGCGCACCGCGUCGGCGCCGUCGCGCCCGUGCUCGUCCACACGCUCGUGCCUCUCGUGAAGGGCGACGGCGCCGCGCCGCCGGCGUCGCCGCCGGCGUCGCCACGCAAGGCGGAGCGCACGAAGCACUUCAUCUGCGACCACUGCUACAAGAGCUUCGCGACCAACGAGGAGGCCGACGACCACAUGCUCGUGUGUUCCCGAAACCCGGCGUCGGACGCGCGGCGGUCCGCGCGGUUCACGCUCAACUCGUGCUACGACGAGAUCCAGCCGCCGCCGCCCUUUUAACACUGUAAAGCC